AUUUAACUAUAUGAACCACGAUAACCAAACAAAGAGAUCAAGAGAAGAACUAGAAAGUGAUAACGAAGAAAAUCCAAUUUUAAAGCAACCCGAAAACAAAGAAGCCGGAUGGAAGACACCGGAAGAACCCCAACCAACAACUAGCAAUAACCUAUAUGGAGCAAUAGAGGAAAACGAUGUAGUACUUAAUCACUUAAUAGAUGGAUCUGCAAAUUCAAAUUUCAAUAAGCCACUAAAAUUAACCAAAGCUCUGAACAAAUCGGAAUUCCACAAAUAUAUAAUUGAAGAUUUUCUGAGCUGGCAAAGCCCUCAGAUUUGAGAUCAAUGAUUCCUCAAAAAUGAGACUGCCAAAAGAAUAAAAAAAAGAAACUCAUUGACUGGCAAAUACCUUCUAAACAACCAACACCCAACAAAUACCUAAACUAUUCCUAUGGAACAAUAUACCCAGUUGAACCAGACAUAAGUAUAGAAAACAUCAAAGAAAAAUUAAGAAUAUUAGGAAAUUAAUCAAAUGAUAUAAUAGAUAUCAUAAGAUUAAAGAAACAAAAUAAUGACAAAACAGAUGAAGAAAAGUGGAUAC